AGGUAACGGGGGUGCAUGCCAGCUGUGACCAUAUCACACACUCUUGUGUUCUUCUCUCCCUCUAUCGUUCUUCUCCUCUCUUCUGUUCCUCCGUGGUGCUGCUGCAGCUCCUCCUCUUCCGUUAGGGUUUCUUCUUCUCUUUCUUCUCCGAUCCAUAUUUCGCCACCGCAACUCUUCUCCACUCUUCCACUCUUUGCUCUCCUCAUAUACGGUACCGUGUUUCAACCUUACCCUCUCUAACUGCUCCUUCCUUGCUAACUCCAAUCUUCGAUUGUUCGAUUAUAUUUGCAUUACUAUUUUCUCGUGUCAAAUUUGGAUUUGGUGAUCGCGCUGCUUAUUGUUUCUUUUAAGUGUAAAGAGGAAAAAUUAUAUGUGCGGUGCCUCUGCACAACUCACUCGUUGCUAUAGUUGUUUCCUUCGGGGUAGCUGAGAAAUUUUGCACACUAGUUGUUUAACACUGCAAGCUAAUCUGAAGAGUUAGGUUCUGUUAUUCAUUUGGCUGAAAUGUUGUUGACAUGGAAGGAGAGGUGAGUUAUGUGGGAAAAUUGUUCUGCACACAGUGUGGCCAAAAAUAGGAAGUUGAAGUUGAAACAUCUUCGGUUGAUUUGUACCUUUUCGUUUUUAAUUGAUAUUUUAUAGGUCUAGUUAUCUUGUUAUAGGGAAUGGCAGAAACAAAAUUCUAGGGUUUGAAAACCACAGUUGUGCAGUUUGGAUGCAGUGUGAUGCUUGUAAUAUAACAGUGCUUAGGUUUGGCGGUGCCUAUUUUUUACCUUCAUGAUGUACCCUCACUAUUUAGUUGUGAGGGUUGCCCUCUCCCAAAUUUCCAUUUUGAAUUGAUGCCUGCGACAGAGUAAUUCCUGCUAAAUUGUAGCUCGGUUUUUUUUUUUUUUUUCCUUUUUCUUUUGGACGUGAAAAUCUUGAAUUACAAUCACAUGGAAUUUUCCCUGUGCAGUAGGAUGUUUAUGAUGGCUUCGGGAAAUUAAGUGCUAGUUCUGAAUAGUACUUGGUUCUGAUUAUUCUCUUUGAAUGGGCUAAACUUUUCUCUUCUAUUAAUCACAGAUCUUGAGCUCGGAGGUUUAACCGAGUUUGCUUCAUUGCUAUGUGGCAUUGCUUGGCUUAUCACCAGCAACCACUUGGUUCUCCUGUGUAAACUCAAUGGUACCAGAAGGCUAGGGAGUUAUGGGCUGCUUUCAGGAUGCUAAUUGUUAUAGGGGUUCUUUGUGGUGUCAGCUAAUUCUAUUUUUCAUCUGGCUUCCUACUUUCCGAGAUGUGAUAGCACAAGAAACACAUGCUAACCCUAGAAAAAUUUCUUCUCUGGUAGAGUUAGCUAAGGAGCCUGCUUCUGGAGAGUCUGGACUCUUUGAUCCCAUAGAAAUAUCACCUGCUGUCAUUCCGAAAUUCCCAUAUCCCACUGAGUCUUUCCCACCAAUGUACCCGACUUUCCCAACCAAAUAUGAACCAGUUUUAACUGGUAAAUGCCCUGUAAACUUUUCUCAUUCAGAUAUAUCAUAUAUCCUAGAUAAAACAGCAUCUGAUUGUUCUGGACCUUUGGCAGCCCUUGUAGGGAAUGUAAUAUGUUGUCCACAGUUUAGUAGCUUAAUCCACAUCUUCCAGGGAUUCUUUAGCAUGAAAUCUGAUAAUUUGGUUUUGCCGAAUGCAGUUGCUGAUCAUUGUUUUUCUGAUAUUAUUAGUAUUCUAGCCAGUAGAGGGGCAAAUAGUACGAUCCCCACACUUUGCUCCAUAAAACCAGAUAAUUUUACAGGUGGAUCAUGUCAUGUGAAGGACGAAUCUACUUUUGAAAAAACAGUUAACACUAGUAAGUUACUUGAGGCUUGCAGCACUGUUGAUCCACUUAAAGAGUGUUGUAGACCUGUUUGCCAGCAUGCAAUAAUGGAUGCUGCACUUCAGAUUUCUGAAAAACAAAUGAUGAUCAACAAUAAUGGAAAUAUGGGUGGGGAAGAAAAUCACACUGAUUAUCUUAAUGAUUGUAAAGGUGUGGUUUAUUCAUAUCUUUCCAAAAAGCUAUCAUUUGAGACUGCAAAUACUGCAUUCCGAAUACUAUCUGCCUGCAAAGUCAACAAAGUUUGUCCUUUGACUUUAAAGGAGCCUGCAGAAGUAAUUAAUGCAUGUAGGAAUGUAGCGGCCCCUAGCCCUUCAUGUUGUAGUUCAUUAAACUCGUAUAUUGCUGUGGUACAAAAGCAAAUGUUAAUUACAAAUAAACAAGCUAUAAUAUGUGCGACACUUUUUGGAUCUAUGUUACGUGGAGGUGGAGUAAUGACAAAUAUUUAUGAGCUUUGUGAUGUUGACUUGAAAGAUUUCAGCAUACAAGCCUAUGGACAACAAGGAUGUUUACUUCGAAGCUUGCCUGGAGAUGUGAUAUUUGAUAAUUCAUCAGGCUUUAGCUUUACAUGUGAUUUGAGCGACAACAUUGCUGCACCCUGGCCUUCAUCAUCUUCAAUUACAUCUGUAUCACUUUGUGCACCUGAGAUGUCAUUACCUGCUCUCCCAACUUCACAGACAUUUAAAAAUAUGGGUUGUAAUACUGGGGAAGUGGGAUUGCUUGUGCUUAUUUUUUCAUUUUUCAUCUUCAGUACACUUUUGUAUUGAAGAGAUUUUUUAGGGUUCAAAUGUGUGUCGGGAAGGCAUUUCAAAGUGUCUUUGGUGUGGCUUUUGCAUGUAUAUUUUUGAAUGGCCUCAUUGUAUAGAAAUCCCCCCUUUUUCCCCCCUUUCACGUGUCUUCUACUUGUAUGCUCUGAGCAGAUCAUUCCGGAGCUAGUGCUCAUUUGAUUUAGGAUCCAUAAGUGUGGUGUGAAGGGUUCGAUUAUUUUGUGUUGAAAUGCAGACAAGUAGAUGCUAGAUUGGCACGUAAGGUUCUGCUGACUAUGGCAGCAUCAAGGACUAAUUUAAACCGCUAGAUGAUGUUUUGAUGCGAUUGGUACGCCUCAUUUGGUUAGACCCACAAUAAGAAUACUAAUUUUUAUGACUUAAGCAUCUAAGCAGUCUUAACUCGAGAUUAAUUUCGAGUCUUAUGGUUCGAGUACUUGAAUACACUUCCAUUUAAUAAGACUUGCAUGGAAGUUAAGAGUGUGCAUCGGACGGGUUGGGGCCAAAAAUCUCAAUCCGAAACAGAGAAUACUUAAAGCUGGACCGUUUCUGAUUGCAUGGUCCCUUUUUUCAUUUCAGAGCAUCGUUACUUUGAAACAAGAUGAAAUACACACAGCGCAUGAGAAAAAUUCCUCCACUUUUGCAAAUGCAGAUGGGGAGAGGGGAAAGAAUCGAAGACAAAAACGUAAGAACAUGUAACAACAUACGAUGGGCAGGGAUGAAAUGUGUGAUCUUACAAGUUCAAAGCUUGAACUAAAAUAAGGAGAAAUAACACAAUAGCAACAGUGUAGAGGAACAGGUGAGGCGAGAUUAGAGUCUACAAGAAAUGGAAAUGAAUGAAAACAAGGCCUCACAAUUCUAUUGGCUGCAGGUGGGUUGGGGCCUUGGUGGUUUACUUGCUUGGCAACACAACAUCCAUGAGACUUCUUUGGUGCCUCAAUGGGGAUGAUGCGGUAGACUAGUCGCAUAGAGUAAAUGCGGCUUUUCUUUUUUAAUGGACAAUGAAUAGUAAAGAGUUU